AUCCCCAUACCCAGAGGAAGCAGAUGUCCAACCGCAGCUCCAUCACCGGGUUCCUCCUCCUGGCAUUUUCAGACACACACGAGCUGCAGCUCUUGCACUUCUGGCUCUUCCUGGGCAUCUACCUGGCUGCCCUCCUCAGCAACGGCCUCAUCAUCACAGCCAUAGCCUGUGACCACUGCCUCCACACCCCCAUGUACUUCUUCCUCCUCAACCUCUCUGUUCUCGACCUGGGCUCCAUCUCCACCACUCUCCCCAAAGCCAUGGCCAAUUCCCUCUGGAACACCAGGGACAUCUCUUAUGAAGGAUGUGCUGCCCAGGUCUUCUUUGUAUUCUUCUUCAUUGGUGCAGAGUUUUCUCUUCUCACCAUCAUGGCCUAUGACCGCUACAUUGCCGUUGUCAAACCCCUGCACUACAGGACCCUCCUGGGUAGCAGAGCUUGUGUCCACAUGGCAGCAGCCGCCCGGGGCAGGGGGGUUAACACCGCCAAUACAUUUUCCAUACCCCUCUGCAAGGGCAAUGCUGUGGAGCAGUUCUUCUGUGAAAUCCCCGAGAUCCUCAAGCUCUCCUGCUCACAUUCCUACCUCAGGGAAGUUGGGGUACUUAUGGUUAGUGUUUCUUUAGCAUCUGGGUGUUUUGUUUUCAUUGUGCUGUCCUAUGUGCAGAUCUUCACGGCCGUGCUGAGGAUCCCCUCUGCACAGGGACAGCACAAAGCCUUUUCCACAUGCCUCCCCCACCUAGUUGUCAUCUGCGUGUUUCUCACAACUGGCAUAUUAGCCUACCUGAAGCCCUCCUCUCUGUCCUCUUCAGCCCUGGAUCUGCUGGUGGCAGUGCUGUACUUGAUGGUGCCUCCAUCAGUGAACCCCCUCAUCUACAGCAUGAGGAACCAGGAGCUCAAAGGAGCAUUAAAUAAACUGAUUCACUGGUGUUUCUGCUGUCAGAGGAAGGAGAUGUCCAAUGGCAGCUCCAUCACCGAGUUUCUCCUCCUGGCUUUGGCAGAUACACGGGAGCAGCAGCUCUUGCACUUCUGGCUCUUCCUCAGCAUCUACCUGAUUGCCCUCCUCAGCAAUGGCCUCAUCAUCACCACCAUAGCCUGCGACCACCGCCUCCACACCCCCAUCACUGGCACGUUUGCCUACCUGAAGACCCCUUCCAUCUCCUCCCCAUCCCUGGACCGAGUGGUUUCAUUCCUCUACUCUGUGGUUACUCCAGCAGUGAACCCCCUCAUCUACAGCAUGAGGAACCAGGAGCUCAAAGAUGCCCUGCAGAAGCUCAUUCAAUCAGCAUUCUUUCAGCAGCAAUAA